AUGGCAGCUACAAAUGGUGAUUCAAACAAACUUCAAGUAUUAGUACCAGGUGGUAUUGGUUUUAUUGGCAGCCAUUGUGUUAUUGAACUUAUCAAUGCUGGAUAUGAACCUAUUGUAGUUGAUAACCUAUCGAAUUCUUCAAUAAUUUGUUUACAACGAGUUGAACAAAUUGUUGGAUGUAAGAUAAUAAAUUAUAAAAUUGAUUGUCUUGAUCUCGAUAGUUUACGUGAUAUAUUUAAAAAACAUUCAAUUUAUGCUAUUAUGAAUUUUGCUGCAUUGAAAUCUGUUGGUGAAUCUGUUGCAAAACCUAUUUUAUAUUAUAAAAAUAAUCUUGGUUGUUUACUUAAUUUACUAACAUGUAUGGAAGAAUUUAAUGUAAAAAAUUUGCUUUUUUCAUCAUCAGCUACUGUUUAUGGUUCACCAAAAUAUUUACCAGUUGAUGAAAAACAUCCAUGUAUUGGAGAUGCUAUUACAAAUCCAUAUGGAAAAACUAAAUAUGUUUGUGAACAUAUUCUUAAAGAUACAACAAUUGCUCAUCCUGAUUGGAAUAUAAUUAUUUUACGUUAUUUUAAUCCUGUUGGUGCUCAUGAAUCAGGUUUAAUUGGUGAAGAUCCUAUUGGUAGACCAAAUAAUCUCAUGCCAUAUGUUGCUCAAGUAGCUGUUGGUCGAUUACCACAUGUGAAUGUUACAGGUACUGAUUAUGAUACACCCGAUGGAACAGGUGUACGGGAUUAUAUUCAUGUCGUCGAUUUAGCUACUGGUCACAUUGCAUGUAUGAAAAAAUUUAAAGAAAAUUGUGGUCUUCAAAUCUAUAAUCUUGGUACAGGUAAAGGUUAUUCUGUAUUAGAUAUGAUUAAAGCAUUAGAAAAAGCAUCGGGUAAAACAAUUGCUUAUAAAGAAUGUUCUCGACGACCAGGUGAUCUUGCAUCUGUUUAUGCUGAUCCUACUGUAGCUGAAAAAGAACUCGGAUGGAAAGCUCAACGAGGUUUAGAUGAUAUGUGUCGAGAUUUAUGGCGAUGGCAGUCAAAUAAUCCGAAUGGAUUUCAAUAG